AAUGUAACUUAUUUGUAAAGGGAUUUCAUUUAAAGAAAACUCUCUCUCUGUCUUUAAAGUGCUGUUAUAGUGUGACUCCGGCCUGAUAGGGGGCGAUCAGAGCACACUGAGCUCAGAGCUGUAAACACACGCACUCACACAGACACAGUGGGGAUACAGGCUGAUUACUCUACUCAUUUCCCUUUGAAUAUCUCUACACCUGUGUUUCCCGAAGCUGCAGGAGUGUAGUACAGCAUGGCAGCGGCUCAGAAGGUGAUUAUUUACGGGGGUAAAGGAGCUCUGGGCUCGAAGUGUGUGCAGUACUUCCGAUCCAAACACUGGUGGGUUGCCUGCAUUGAUUUAAAUGUGAAUGAAGAAGCAAGUGCCAAUGUCACCGUCAAGAUGACCGACUCCUUUACUGAGCAAGCCAACCAAGUUACAGCUGAUAUUGGUGAACUUUUGGGGGAAGAGAAGGUUGACGCUAUUUUGUGUGUGGCUGGAGGCUGGGCAGGGGGCAGUGCCAAGGCCAAAGCUCUGUAUAAGAAUGCCGACUUGAUGUGGAAGCAAAGUGUGUGGACGUCCACCAUCUCCAGUCACCUAGCAACCAAACAUCUGAAGGAGGGGGGGCUGCUCACACUCACGGGCGCUAAAGCGUCACUCGAACCGACCCCAGGUAUGAUUGGCUAUGGCAUGGCAAAGGCUGCAGUUCAUCAGUUGUGUCAGAGUCUGGGUGGAGCUAACAGUGGACUUCCUGCUGGAGCUAGUGCCAUUGCCAUCCUACCAGUUACUCUGGACACGCCCAUGAACAGACAGUUCAUGCCAGAUGCUGAUGUCAGUGCCUGGACACCGUUGGAGUAUGUAGCUGAAUUGCUCUAUAAGUGGGCAGUGGGAGAGGAGAGACCAGCGUCUGGAAGUCUUGUGCAGCUGGUCACCACAGACAGCAAGACGGAGGCAACAGUGCUGUAACUGCAGAUAGGGGUGUGUGUUUCUGUGUGUGUGUGUGUGUGUGUGUGUGUGCACUUGCCUGUGUGUGUGUGUGAGUAUGUGUGUGUGAGAGAGAAAGAGAGAGAGAAAGAGAGAGCAUGGAAAUCAUUCUUUAUUCUGCAAUACUAUCUGAUACUGUGCUGGAAAUUCUGUGGAUAUGUAAAUGUACGGUAUAUUGUGAUAAUCAUCACCUGUUAACUUGAAUAAAAACACAAUCCCGGUUAACAAAAACAAGAAUUCAUCAGAAAUGCCAACCUUUGUCAUAUUGAUUAACAUACUGUAACAUAAGAACAUGUAUGUGAAGAGAAAAGUUAUAAUAAGAAAAAAUGGAUCUAAACCGUCUUAAUCAUCACAAAUGUUUUUUUUUGUUUUGUUUUUUUUAGCUGAGUAAUGACUUGACCAAUUUUGGUCACAACGUACUGCAGUCAUUCAGUCUUUUUACAGAGCCUAGUGCAAGUAUUUUAACUUUUUUGGCAUUUUUUUUUUGCUGAAUUUAGCAAUUAUUCAGCCUAUGUCAAUACAGUCUUGCUACCGCUCAGAAGUUCAGAAGAUGUUUUGCAUUAAUGUUGUUGACCUUUUUGAAAUUCAACUUUUACUUGAACAUGGUUUCCAAAGGACAAAGCUGAACAAAGAUACAAUUAAACAAACACAUUUGAAUAUAAAUAAAAUCUUAUUGUAAUGAUCUUA